AUGAGCCGUUAUUCAGUGAUCCCCAGUUUGUAACACACGAGUCGUGUUCUACCGCCGCGUGAAAAACUAACGACAUACAGUGAUGUUACACGGGUCAAGAAUGACGGACGUUCAUGGUCUGGAGACUGUUUGUGUUUCGUGUGUACUUUACCCGUUCAGUGUGUAUAUAAACAAACAUUGAAAGGACAUCAUGACCGCAUUUCUACUGUAAUCAUUAGUUUGAUAACGAAAAGAAAAAUAGUAAAUAUCUGGAACAAAAUUUGUAGCUCUAAGAAUGAAGAAACCAACCUCAUGCUUUGUAAGCUUGUACAAGGCUGUCACAACAUCAGCGCUGAUCAUGGCCAUUGUCAUAUUUAUAUUUUACUACAAUAUGCUUAAUUUAUUAAAUUUGAAUGCGAUUGAAAAGCCGAUGUUUGAAGAAAAAUUAAAAAUCCGUAUUUACAAUGAUACAGACGAUUAUAUUAUAGAUACGGCAGGAUGUGUGAUACCAAAUUUCUCAAAAACAUUGAAAUUUAAUGAAGCUACGUAUAAAAAGAAAACUUGUGAAGAUCGUGGUGUAUUCGCAAAUAAAAUAGCUUACAAUAAAAUCAGAUUCGAUAUACAAAAUAACACGAUGAAGAGAUACAGUAAAGGAAAAUCUUUCAAUUGUUGUUACAAAUUUGCUCAUAGAUCUACCGAGCCAGGGAAGGAAGACACUGAAAUUAUAUAUUCAACGUGCAAAGCAUUUACAAAUGGAGCAACAAUAAACUUGGAGCAAGAAAUUUUAACUGUAACAUGUACAAUUGGUUCAGGAGCAAAAAAAACUGUCAUCUACGAAGAUGCGUAUCUUUUACUUAAGAAAUUAAAUACAUUUGACAAAAUAAGCAAAAGCAAAGAAAAUACUUGGAAUGUGUUGAUAGUUGGUAUGGACACAAUGUCACGUGCAAGAGUGUACGCCACCAUGCCUCAAACGGUUGCUCACUUGCAUAAGCAAAAGUGGUUGGAUUUCAGGGGGUAUCAAAAGGUCGGCUUUAACACAUUUCCAAAUAUAAUGGCCGUUUUAACUGGGAAAAAAAUGUCUUCAGUGUACAAGGCUUGUGCAAAAGGGAUGACAUACUGCAAUGACUUAAUGAUGUGGCAUAAAUUCGAAGAAGCAGGCUACGUCACGGCUUACGGUGAAGAAUACUUAAGACUACCCGAUACUUUUUCACGGUAUAAAGGUUUUAAUGUACCACCGACACACCACUAUACGCGGCCAUUUUUUUUAACCGGAGAGGAGAAAGUCGGGAAUUAUAUUUGCACCGGAAGACAACCUUCGGCGGUACAUUUAUUAGAUUACGCUUUAGACUUUGUAAAUACAUAUGCCGAUGUUAAUUUUUUUGGCAUGUUUUGGCUUAAUUCUUUCAGUCAUAAUUUUGACAACAUGCCAGCACUUCUUGAUAAGGAUAUGGUGCACUUUUUUGAUAGACUUGAGCAGAAUAGCGCACUUAACAAUACUUUCAUUGUGUUCUUAAGCGAUCAUGGAAUAAGGUACGGUGAUAUGAGAAUACCGAUAGAGUCUUAUUACGAAGAACGACUACCUAUGUUCUUCAUGCAUGUUCCAUAUACAUUCCAAGAAUUAUAUUCUAAUGAAUACAAUAAUUUAAAAAUUAAUCAAGUUAGAUUAACUACGCCGUACGAUUUUCAUUUGACUAUGUCGAAUAUAGUUCAACUUUCCAAGGAUACGGCUGAGAUUACACCCUCAGAAGCGUGUUCAGGUUGUUCCAGUUUGUUUAACGAAAAACCGGUGAAUAGGACUUGCGCCGACGCCGGUGUUACUGACAAAUGGUGCAGCUGCCACAACCUAAUUAAAGCAAACGAGAGCGACGAGUAUGUGAAAAAGAGUCUAGACCUAGCCGUGUCCUUCAUACAAAAUAUAACUCAGACAAUAGAAACAGAUUUUUGUAUGCUAUGCGCAAAUUUAAAACUAAAAAAGGUUUUAAGACAUCACUUUUAUGUUGACGAUGGAAAGACAUUUUACGUAGUAGCAUUUUUAUUUGUACCGGGAGACGUAGCGUUCGAAGCGAAUCUCAUGAAAGAUGGCAACGAAAUAAGCAUUGUAGGACCAAUCGAAACUAUAUCGGCUUACAAUACUAGAGGGAACUGUGUUAAGAAUCCAAACGACAGAUCAUAUUGCGUGUGUAAAAAAGAUCAAGCGUGCAAUAAAAAACAUAAAAGAUAU